AUGCAAAAGAAAAAAGUUCCAGAAGUGGUGAGGAUCAAAAGAAGAGUCUCCGAUGAUCCUCUCCAGGCGUUGAUCCUUGAAAGCCAUAGGCAACUUAAACGAUCGAAAAGCUCGACAUAUUUAUUCAAGCUCACAAGAACCGAUUCCGACAGCAACAAAUCAGUUUCGGAAAACGGCUCGUUACUACAGCGGUACCCACGAGGAGUCAGCACCAAUGCUAAAUCGUCGUCUACAGCAUAUGGAAAUGACGACCAGAGAACUUUUGUUCUUCAGUCAAUGUCCACACAGGAGGAGAUCCCCGAUGUUCUUGAUCAAGACGUGCAGGGAGAAGUGCCGCCAGAAUUAGUCGAUAUGGUUUCCGAGUAUCUCCAACUGGAAGGAAAGAGUGAGAAUAAAUCGACGAUUGCCCCAAAGAGAAUAAAACGACCAGGACAUAGUAGUGCCUUGCGAAAUGAAAUUAAAAAUGAUGAUAAUGAUGAUGAAAAAGGAUUUGUUUAUGAUGUCUAUUAUAGAGAUAAGGCAAUUUAUGAUGAGAGUGAGAAGUCUGGAAUAAGUAUUGGUAUAAUCAAGUUUGCAGAUGAGGACUUGGAAUUGUUGACAGAUGAUGAAGAUGAUAACUCUGAUCUUGCACGGUUGUCAGAUGACGAAGAUUCAAAUGCCGAGGAUUUUUACCGUAAUGAUUAUCCAGAGAAUGAGGAUGAUGAUAAAGGAAUUGUAAUCGGCAAUGAAGACCAGUGGUACAGUGACGAUGAGGAUUAUUAUAAACAAUUCGACAAUGAAGAUGAUAAUGAUCUUGACCUGCUUGAAGAAAGAAUGGCAAGGCAUAAAAUCACCUAUAAUUUAGAAGAGGAUGAUGAAGCAGAUGAUGAGGAAGAAGGAGAAGAAAAAGAAGAGGAGUAUGAUGAGACAGUUAUAGAUAGGCUAAGAAAGGAGCACAAGGAGUUUGGCGAAUUGUCGAUGAAUGAAGUCGAUUAUUUGUACCACGAGUUUUAUGAGAAUGGAAACAGUUUAAUUGACGAAGAUUAA